GGCACCCGCUGUCAUCUAAGCCCUAGAAUGAGUACCUCUUGCCUCGCAGGUGCUGGAUCCUCAUGGCUGCUCUAAUUGUUUUUGUCUGUCUUCGAAUCUUUAUUCCAGAGAUCCAGUUGUCAGCGGUAUCCAGGGAGCCCUCCUCUUCCUCCUCCUCCUCCUGCCGCCUCUCUACCACCGCAGUUGCCGGUUGUUGCUAAGGUAGCCUCCAUGGUAACAUGCACAUCCUGUUUACACCUCCAUCUGGGCAAGCUGGUCUAAGCUAGGAACCUACCUACCCUGGACAACGGCUUCCAUUACCACCUGGGGACACCAAUCGUCGUGACACGUGGUCCGGCUUCCACUCGGCUCCCCCAUCCCCUUCCUCCCCUCACUGCCGAGCUUCAUACACCAAAAAGGAUCUGGGCUAGAGGCUGCUACCCUGAAGCUCACUGCACAGGAUAUAGCCCAACUAUUUCCUACCCAGGCUCCCAGAGAAGCAAGAAGUAAGAAGUGAGGCAGAAGGGCAGGAGUUCCUGACCAGUUGAAGGGAAGCCACAUUUUCUCUGGUUGAGGGGCUUGGUAACAGCAGGCAGAAUGACGAACCCAACAGAACGUACCUUGCCGGCCAACUCGAUGGUUGAGAGCCACGAGCGGGAGUUUGGCUGCACAGUAAUGGACCUGCGGAAGCUCAUGGAGCUACGUUCGACCGACGCAAUCAACCAGAUCAACGUCCACUACGGGGGUGUAACGAAUCUCUGCAGUAGACUGAAAACCAACCCCGUGGAAGGUCUGUCUGGGAACCCUGCGGACCUGGAGAAACGUAAGCACGUGUUCGGACAGAACUUUAUCCCCCCCAAAAAGCCCAAGACCUUCUUAGAACUAGUGUGGGAAGCCCUUCAAGAUGUCACACUCAUCAUCCUGGAGAUUGCAGCCAUCAUCUCCCUCGUCCUGUCCUUCUAUCGGCCCCCCGGUGAAGAAAAUGAACAGUGUGGUCUACCCGUAAGUAGCCCGGAAGACGAAGGAGAGGCAGAAGCCGGCUGGAUUGAGGGGGCAGCCAUCCUGUUCUCCGUGAUCAUCGUGGUGCUGGUGACUGCCUUCAAUGAUUGGAGCAAAGAGAAGCAAUUCCGGGGGCUGCAGAACCGCAUCGAAAAGGAACAGAAAUUCUCCGUGAUCCGAAAUGGUCACAUCAUCCAGCUCCCCGUGGCUGAGAUCGUGGUGGGUGACAUCGCCCAAAUCAAAUACGGUGACCUACUGCCCGCAGAUGGGAUCCUGAUCCAGGGGAACGAUCUCAAGAUUGACGAGAGCUCUCUGACUGGGGAAUCAGACCAUGUCAAGAAGUCUGUGGAAAGGGACCCAAUGCUGCUCUCAGGGACCCAUGUCAUGGAAGGUUCUGGCCGGAUGGUAGUGACGGCUGUGGGUAUCAACUCUCAGACUGGAAUCAUCUUUACCCUUUUGGGAGCCAGCGAGGGAGAAGAGGAGGAGAAGAAGAAAAAAGGUAAAAAACAAGGAGUCCCUGAAAAUCGCAACAAAGCAAAAACUCAGGAUGGGGUGGCUCUGGAAAUCCAGCCACUCAACAGCCAGGAGGGGACCGACAACGAGGAGAAGGAGAAGAAGGCGGCCAAGCUGCCCAAAAAGGAGAAGUCGGUGCUGCAGGGCAAGCUGACGCGCUUGGCUGUUCAGAUCGGGAAAGCUGGCCUCAUCAUGUCUGCCUUCACGGUUCUCAUCCUGAUCCUGUACUUUGUGAUUGACAACUUCGUGAUCCACCGCAGAGCGUGGCUGCCCGAGUGCACUCCCAUCUACAUCCAGUACUUUGUCAAGUUCUUCAUCAUCGGCAUCACUGUGCUGGUGGUGGCUGUGCCAGAGGGGCUGCCGCUGGCUGUCACCAUUUCCCUGGCCUACUCCGUGAAGAAAAUGAUGAAAGACAAUAACCUGGUGCGGCACCUGGAUGCUUGUGAGACAAUGGGCAACGCCACAGCCAUUUGCUCUGAUAAGACCGGCACGUUGACCAUGAACCGCAUGACCGUGGUACAGGCUUAUAUUGGAGACACCCAUUACCAUCAGAUCCCGAGCCCUGAUGUCCUCCUGCCCAAGGUCCUGGACCUUAUUGUCAAUGCCAUUUCUAUCAACAGUGCCUAUACCUCCAAGAUUCUGCCUCCGGAGAAGGAGGGAGGUCUGCCGCGGCAGGUGGGCAGCAAGACCGAAUGUGCUCUGCUGGGCUUUGUCACAGACCUGAAGCAGGAUUACCAUGCGGUGCGCAAUGAGGUGCCCGAGGAGAAGCUCUACAAGGUGUAUACCUUCAACUCGGUGCGCAAAUCCAUGAGCACGGUCAUCGAGAAGCCCAGCGGGGGCUACCGCAUGUACAGCAAGGGCGCCUCGGAGAUCAUCUUGCGCAAGUGCAACCGAAUCCUGGACAAGAAAGGGGAAGUGGUGCCAUUCAAGAGCAAGGACCGAGAUGAGAUAGUGCGCACUGUCAUCGAGCCCAUGGCCUGCGAGGGCCUCCGAACUAUCUGCAUAGCUUACCGGGAUUUCAAUGACGGAGAGCCCCCGUGGGACAACGAGAGUGAGAUCCUCACCGAACUGACCUGCGUCGCGGUGGUGGGCAUUGAGGACCCCGUGCGCCCAGAGGUCCCAGACGCUAUCGCCAAAUGCAAACAAGCUGGCAUCACUGUCAGAAUGGUGACCGGUGACAACAUCAACACAGCCCGGGCCAUCGCCACCAAAUGUGGCAUUGUCACACCUGGGGAUGACUUCUUGUGCUUAGAAGGCAAAGAGUUCAACCGACUUAUCCGCAACGAGAAGGGCGAGGUAGAGCAAGAGAAGCUGGACAAGAUCUGGCCUAAGCUUCGAGUCUUGGCGCGAUCGUCCCCCACUGACAAGCACACCCUGGUAAAAGGCAUCAUCGACAGCACUAUUGGGGAACAGCGACAGGUGGUGGCUGUCACUGGCGACGGCACGAAUGAUGGGCCGGCCCUGAAGAAAGCAGAUGUUGGCUUUGCCAUGGGUAUUGCAGGCACGGAUGUGGCAAAGGAGGCAUCAGACAUCAUCCUAACAGACGACAACUUCACCAGCAUUGUGAAGGCAGUGAUGUGGGGGCGAAACGUCUAUGACAGCAUCUCCAAGUUUCUGCAGUUCCAGCUCACUGUCAACGUGGUGGCCGUGAUUGUGGCCUUCACCGGAGCCUGUAUCACUCAGGAUUCCCCACUGAAAGCCGUGCAGAUGUUGUGGGUUAACCUAAUCAUGGACACUUUUGCCUCCUUGGCCCUGGCCACCGAGCCUCCUACGGAGUCUCUGUUGAAGCGUCGCCCCUAUGGCCGCAAUAAGCCUCUGAUCUCACGUACUAUGAUGAAGAACAUCUUGGGCCACGCAGUCUAUCAGCUCACUGUCAUCUUUUUCCUUGUCUUUGCCGGUGAGAAAUUCUUUGACAUCGAUAGCGGGAGGAAGGCGCCUCUACAUUCCCCACCCAGCCAACACUACACCAUUAUUUUCAACACCUUUGUGCUGAUGCAGCUCUUCAACGAAAUCAACUCCCGCAAGAUCCACGGAGAGAGGAAUGUCUUUGCAGGCAUCUUCCGCAACCUCAUCUUCUGCUGUGUGGUCUUGGGCACGUUCAUCAGCCAGAUUCUCAUUGUGGAAUUCGGGGGUAAACCCUUCAGUUGCACGAAGCUCACCCUAUCUCAGUGGUUUUGGUGUCUCUUCAUUGGCAUCGGAGAACUGCUGUGGGGCCAGAUAAUCUCCUCAAUACCUACGCAAUCCCUGAAGUUCCUGAAGGAGGCCGGGCAUGGCACCACGAAAGAGGAGAUCACCAAGGACGCGGAGGGGCUGGAUGAGAUUGACCACGCGGAGAUGGAGCUGCGCCGAGGCCAGAUCCUCUGGUUCCGGGGCCUGAACCGCAUCCAGACUCAGAUCGACGUAAUUAACACAUUCCAGACGGGAGCCUCUUUUAAGGGAGUCCUAAAGCGACAGACCAUGGGUCAACACCUUGAUGUAAAACAUGUUCCUAGCUCAUCCUAUAUCAAAGUGGUCAAAGCGUUCCAUAGUUCCCUCCACGAAAGCAUUCAGAAACCCAAGAACCAAAACUCCAUCCACAACUUCAUGACCCACCCUGAAUUCGCCAUAGAUGAGGAGGUGCCACGAACACCACUCCUGGAUGAGCAUGAGGAGGAAGAUCUCGAACAGGCUCCUAAGGCUGGGACUGGGGUGCUCCUGUUGGAUGGUGAGGUCACCCCAUAUGCCAACAAGAACAACAAUGCGGUGGACUGCAGCCAAGUGCACAUCGUUGCCUCCCAUGCGGACAGCCCUCUACACAGCCUGGAGACAUCAGUUUGAACUUCAUUCUCUGGCUCCCGUCCCCGCUUUCCCCAUUUCCUUUCUCAUCUGUCCCAUCUCUAAGGUGACGAUGGGACUUUUCACUGUCAUGUCAGCUGCUCCCAAGUAUGUGUGAACCCCCACCUGACCAUGAAGAGGCAAGAGUACAGACCAACAAGGAUUUCAACUUAAACUUGAGUUGGGGUUUGUAGCAGGACCCAGUCAAACCCCAGGCAGGUAAUGAAUGGUAGAAUCUACCCCUUGGGUGUAUCAGUUGUCAUUUUUAAAGAAAUGAUGACAAUCCUCUUGGCAUCUACCCCAACCCAGACUCUUCCCGGUAUGUAUACAUAUGUCAUCAACUCCUGACUUCUGGAUUUUACCCUAUGAGUCUGUGCCACUUAUAAGUGAGGUUGAGGGUUCAGAGAGAGAAAAUAUCCCCAAACGAAAUGUGUUGAGAUAGGAAUGGAAUGUAUAGAAUCAUCUUAUAGAGUGGUUGUUUUUAAAAUGACUUUCCCAUUUUCAAACCUUACACCUAAAGCCCUCUAGCUCUUUCUGCCCUUCUAGUCAAACCUCCCCAAGGUUCUUUUGGUCUUUUGUGACCAUUGUCUUCCUUACUUUCACUCUUUCUUUUUUUUCCCCCUUUUUUUCUUUUUCUUUUUCUUUUCUCUUUUCUUUUUUCUUUUUCUUUUUUCUUUCUUUUUUUUUUUUUUUUUUUUGUCAUGAUGAUUGAGAAAUUGGAAAGGACAUGGCUGAAUUGAGUCAACUUUGGCCAUUCUCCCUUCUGGCCCCAGUGGAACCCUUGGUUUAGUCUUAGAGGAGGAAAGGUUUCUCUGCUAAUAAGAUCCUUUUGAAGCAAUUGAGAGCUGGUAAGAAUGUGUUUCUGUUGUUGUCAGGUUACCUUCCACUUCUAAACUGCCAUCUUGUCAGGUGUGUAUCAUUUCUAAGUGCCAGGGAGCUCAGCCUUGACCAUGAAGCUUUCAUAUGUUUGGUAUGCAAUUUUUACCAUAAGCCUGAUUGUUCUCCUAUUCCCAAAGUGGUAGCAAAGGAAUUAAUUGAGACCGGCCCUGCCUCCUAAGUGGACUUGGAUAAUGAGGACCAACAGCUGGCAGUUCUAGGACAAGACAGACCAUCAAAGCCAACUCUUGUGCAAUCCUCCUUGGGUUGACCACUACCGCUUUCAAGGCCUUCUGCCAAGGCUCUUGUAGGACAGGACCUGAUUGUUGGGGAAGUGAGUACUGAGAAGCCUUGGGAGAGGCCAAAGGGCCAUCCUAACAGGAUCAGAGAAACCCUUCGUCCGAGAAAACCAGACACUCUGAGGUUAGGUGCCCAAGUACCAGCUUUGACCUAUCCUUCAUCUUUCUUGUUCUGCUCUUUCGUGGCCCCUAACUCGUCUGGUCUCUGAACAGGUCCCAACCUUUCUCAAAUAUUCUGCUUUUGAAAAUACACAUCCCAAGUGGACUCCAGUGACAUUUUGCUGACUUGAAGGAGCAAAAGACCCACCCUGAAAGUCUCUCCUUCCUCUCUCCCUUUCUCCCACAUGACCCACUCAAGGCCCUCCCCAGAAUGUGCUCGACUGUAAAGCCCUGUGCCUUCUCUCCCCGAACACUGCCCAAAGCAUCCCCUUCCUCCCUGCCUCUCAGGAGUUGGGGACUUUGCCAGGAGAUUUUUUUUUUUUAAGUGUUCCUUAAAGGGACAAGGUGGAGCCACAUUUGCAGGAGCUUCAUUUUUAUCCCUGCUGAUGUGGACAUCAGCUCUUCUGUGCAGGGAUUAUUAGCUCAUGUCUACCGGUUCCCAUUAAAUAAAUGAGGCCUGUCCCCCUCUUUCAAGAGUGAUGGGAGUAGGGAGUAGGGCUCGAGGCUCUUAUGAACUGCCAAAUGUCCACUUGUGACGGUAAGGUGGCCUGAACCUGUGCUCUCUGGCCUUCUCUUCUAGAUCCCUCCUCCCUUACCCCUUCCAUCUGAGCUGUCCGAGGUAGAAAGAGCAAGGAAACAAUACCCCCUACCCAUCCCCAUUCCUACGCAACCCACCAAAUCUGAUUUGGGUUUUUAUAAGGGUCACGUGCUUCAGCAAUCUUUUCUCUGUCUUAAAUACUCCUGUGGGGACAAAACAGCUCACCCAAGGUGUUAGGUGUGCACAUACAUAUUUAUUAAGUACAUGGGAAGAUUUAGUUCUGUCAAGUCUCUUAUUACCUCAGAUCAGUUUGAAAAACAGCCAAUAACAAACUUUGGAGGCUAUUUUACCAUUCCUGCUCCCGAAAGACUCUCAUGGUGCCUGACAGGUUACUCUUGAGAGCUUGCGUCUACUUGUUUAAGCUCAAUGGUUUUUGUGGUUUUCCGUGGUAGGAGAGAAAAAAAAAAAACAAAUAGAGAAAUAUUAUGCAAAAAAUAUAGUUUUCUUUAGAUCAGAAACUGAUAUUUUUGAGUCAGCCAUAUGUAUUUUGUUUAAAGGAUUCGAAAUUAAGUGCUGUCAUGUUACCCUGUGGAAGGAGCAUAUAACCAGCUGUUUGACAUGACAGGUGACUUAGUAUAUUUGUAAUUGGUUUUAAAACCAAUGCACCGUACUUCCUUUCUCCAAACAGCCAUCUUUAUACUUAGGGAAAAAAAAUUUGUUGGGUUCUAGACUUUUUUAAUAUAAAUUUUGUUGAUAUGGAAUUGAGUAAGUUUAAGUGUUUAUGUGCAUAUGUUUUUUAUAUAAGUUUUUUUUCUAUUCAGUUUUAGUGAUCCAACUGGCAGUGAGUCAAUAUGGCACAAGUUACUAAAGCUUUCCCCCAAUAUGGUGCUUUAGAUCUGAAAAGGGUCUGAUGGGGAGAAGGGGAAAUUACUAUCCUAGAUGAACCUAGAAAAAUGGGGCAAUAGACUGUGAAUGGGAAGGAAAGCAUCCAGCAAGAAGGGGUAGCCAGCAGAAAAUGAGGGUAUGUCCCCCAUGGAGAUGGGUGCCAGGCUUUUUAGUGACUGGUGAAUUAAGAUCAGGGGCCUUGGUUGGAUUUUGUUUCUUGAUGAGUAGCUGGCAGAGCGGUACCCACAACACGAAUAUCUCUCGGGCUGCAAGGAUGCUCUGAUUUGGGGGUUGCAUUUUUUAUGGUUCUUUCACCUCCUGUUGUCCCAGGAGUUUUCCCUUAAUGAGUCUUUGUGCAAGGAUCUGAUUCGGGACUUCCCCUCCCCUAGAAAUGUUGUGUGCAAUAUAUUAGACGGGGGAUAGAUUUCUAAGUGGAAAAAACAAAGGCUGGUUCUAACCCCGGGUGGUAAUCUUGGGGCUAGGUCCUUCCCAUAGGUGCCCUCUGAAGUGACUCCCCCAUCCCUAAAGGUGUUAGACCACCGAGCAAUCCUUCUGACACUUGUGGGUUCUUUAGGGUCUAGGUUUCUUCUUCCACUUGAGCGUCAGAGGGGAGAGUUUGCACCGUUAUAUCUGAGCGUUGACCUCGCUGCCGAAAACCCGGGGGGCGGGGGGGGUGGCAAGCUCGCAUGUGUCCUGCAACCUCUAAAUGCCUCACCUCCUUUCUUUCCUGCUUUCUUUUGCCUAACGAUUGAAGCAGCCUGGGAAUACCAUCACAAAGUGCACACUUCCUCACUUUCCGUAUCUAGGGACCACCCGCUGCAGCGGUGGGGAUGAGGCGCUUGUAAAUGCCUGCUAUUCUGAAGCCAUUCCAGCCUUUUCCUCAGAAUAGACCAGACGCCCUUCCAUUUAGCUCAGUGCCAGUGCUCUGCCUUCCCAGCCCUGCUGUUAGGCCUGCUGUCCCCUUUCCUCUUGACGAGGAGAGACGGAGGGAAGUGAGCUCCCCGUGACCGAACUGGCCUUUGGUUCAGAUUUGCUCCCCAUAUGUAUCUAUGCCAUAUGUGAAUAUGCCAUAUAUAUGUGCCAACAAAUCUAUCUACGUUGUUCUUUUCCGAUCAGCACGCAGGUAGGAACUUUGAGUUUCUUCUUCUCUUUUUUUUUUUUUUUUUUUUUUUUUCUUCUUCUU